AUGGCGAAAUCAGGAGCAAAGAUCGUUUUUGGUACAGCUGCAAUAGCUAGGCUAUCCUUAGAGGAGGGGAAAGCAAUGCUGCAGAUCUGCGAGAAGCAUGGCGUUAAGGAGCUUGAUACUGCAUAUGUUUAUCCAGGCAGCGAAGAGACACUCAACAAGCUUGGUGCAACCAAGGAAUUCAUUUUGCAAACGAAAGCUCCCCUCGGAUCCAAAUUGACCCAGGAAACAGUUUUGGAUGGGAUGAAAACCAGUUUGGAGAGGUUGGGAGUCGACAGUGUUGAUCUCUUAUAUCUGCACGCUCCUGACCCAACUACACCGGUCGAGGAGACAUUGGUUGCUGUUCGCGAGCUUUACUCUGCGGGCAAGUUCAAAAGAUUCGGUCUAUCGAAUUUUCUUCCCGAGGAUGUGCAGAAGAUAUACGAUAUUCAAUCCAAAGCUGGUUCAGUCCUCCCAAGCGUUUUCCAGGGCAAUUACAAUGCAGUAUCCCGACACAUCGAAACCGACCUUUUCCCCCUCCUCCAUAAAUUGAAGAUCAGCUUCUACGCAUAUAGUCCGAUCGCGGGCGGCUUUUUGGUCAAGAAUACGGCACAAUUGCGAGUCAAGGAUGAUGCAGGACGAUGGGGAUCCGGUAAUCCCAUUGCCGAUAUGUAUACAACUAUGUACGGCAAGGAAACAUUGUACCAGGCCGUGGACGAGUGGGCCGAGAUAGCGAAAGAUGCUGGUAUUAGCAAGGCGGCCUUAGCAUACAGAUGGAUUACAUAUCACAGUGCUCUCAAAGCUGAGUAUGGAGAUGCUGUCAUUGUCGGCGCGUCUAAAUCGGCACAAUUGGAGGAGACUUUAAAAGCAGUGGACGAUGGACCCCUCGACGAGAAGAUUGCAAAGAGAGCGAGUGAUAUUUGGGAGAAGGUGAAAGACGAUGCACCAUUGGACAACUACCACUCCUACAUGAAGGAGCAACCUUUGAGCUAA